AAGUAUUAAGCGCUGUGUAAUUCUUUGGUUUGUUACUGUGUUAAAUUUGCGGAACCCAUAAACUUGUUUCCAUAUUUAUUAUUACUUCAAAAUGAAUAUUUUAAAAAGUUUGUGCAUUUUUUGUUCAAUUGUAAUUAUAGGAUGCACAAUAAACGAUACGAUCCACGAGAAACAAAAAAGUAAUCAUGCAUUGCAAAAUGACACAACGAAAAAUACAUCAUUUAUUUUGAAAGAAAACCGCAAAGCUGUUCUUAUUAUUAAUAAUCACGACGCUUUACGCAAUGGUCCUAGUGGAGGUUCAGUGAACAACUUAUUAUACAGAGAUUUUGAUGAUAGUGGAAAUAAAUUAAAUGAAUUUUGGAUGUAUAACCUAGACGACGUUGCGAUGUUCUUUGAAAUAUUCUUAGAUACAAGAAUUUGUCAUACAGAAUGUGAAAGAUGAGCACUUAUUAUAAUUAAAAAAUAAAUUAUUUUAAUCGAUUAUUUAAAAAAUAUUUAUCCUAAUAGCGACGCCACUACAGCUGGGGUAAGAUUAUGUCGAUCU